AUGGCCUCCCUCGAGCUUACCUACCAGGAUGUGGCCGAGCACAACACCAAGAAGGAUCUGUACAUGGUCAUCCACGAUGUGAUUUAUGACGUGGGCAAGUUUGUCGACGAGCACCCUGGUGGCGAGGAGGUUCUUCUCGACGUCGGCGGUCAGGAUGCCACCGAGGCCUUCGAGGAUGUCGGUCACAGCGACGAGGCCCGCGAGACGCUCGAGCAGCUCAAGGUUGGCACUCUGAAGCGCAACCCCAACGACCCCAAGCCCAAGACCCCCCUUCCCGGCGCCGUUGCCCCGGCUGCCAACAACGACUCGGCCGGCUUCGGCGUCGGCCUCUACGCCAUCAUCCUCAUCGGCGGUCUGAUCGGCUACGGCGCCUACCAGUACCUCCAGCAACAGCAGAAUCAGCCCAGCGCCUAA